AUGUCAUCUCCAACUGUCACGCCUCCGGCUCCCGAUGGCAAUUCUUUCCUGGUGCAGACAGUGUCUCUGCUGAGCAGCGUCGCAAGCUACUUGCGCCUGCCGGCGAUAGCAACUACUGGAGUCGCCGCUAUCCUUACUGGGCUGCUCUACUUCAAGCAAAAAGCUCUAAUAUAUCCUUCCCACAUGCCCCCGGGCUCUCGAACGGACAUACCGCGACCCAGCUUCUACCGCAUCAAAGACUACGAAGAACUCAUAAUCCCGACCAAAGAUGGCGAGAAGCUGUCAGCCUUCUACAUCCGGGGCCCCAGGGGCGGGCCCAAUUCCAAGGUGACGGUGAUCAUGUUCCACGGAAACGCUGGUAACAUUGGCCACCGUCUACCCAUCGCACGCAUGUUGCUUCAAGCCGUCGGCUGCAACGUCUUUAUGCUCGAAUACCGUGGCUACGGAAUCUCCACCGGCACCCCCGACGAAUCUGGACUCAACAUUGACGCCCAAACCGCCCUCGACUAUCUCCGCGAUCGCGCCGAGACGCGAGACCACAAAUAUCUUGUCUACGGCCAGAGUCUUGGUGGAGCAGUUAGCGUCAAGCUUGUGUCCAAGAACCAGGGCAGGGGCGACAUUGUCGGCUUGAUUCUGGAAAACACCUUUCUCAGCAUGCGCAAGUUGAUACCCAGCAUCAUCCCGCCCGCUCGGUACCUUGCCGCCCUAUGCCACCAGGUUUGGGCUACCGACACCUUGAUUGGCGAUGUCAAGGUGCCUAUUCUGUUCUUGAGUGGACUCCAGGACGAGAUUGUGCCACCCAUUCAUAUGAAGCAGCUUUAUGAUCUAUGCACCGCCCCGGUAAAGAUCUGGCACCCGCUUCCCAACGGUGACCACAACUCGAGUGUCCUCGAGGAGGGUUACUUUGAGGCGAUUCAAGAUUUCAUCCAAAGGGUUUCCUCAGGAAAGCUCGAGAAGGAAUGA